AUGGAUGAUCAUCAUCAUUAUAAUCAUCAACAUGAGGAGGAGGAGUAUGGUGAUAAGCCAAUAGCAUCAUCAUCGUCCUCAAUGUGGUUACGUCUACAGCUUGAUCCUGCUAUUAAAACAUUAUUACGAUGGGAUGGCCAACACUUGAUGACAUCAUCAUCAUCUAAGUUGGAAAUGCGGAGAUAUCGUCUAGUUGAAGAAGUUAAGAAGGCUAGAAAGAUAGGUAUAUUAUUUGGCUCUGUCGAUGUACCACAUGAAGAUACUUUAUUGAAUCGAAUUAAAGGAGAACUCAUCAAUGCUGGACGUGAAGUAUACAUAUUUAAUGUUGGACAAAUUGAGCCUGCUAAGCUUGCCAAUUUCCCAGAGAUUAAUUGUUAUGUUAUGUUAUCAUGUCCAGAGAGUUUCCCUUGGUGUACUGAUGAUUUUAUGGUACCAAUAGCAACACCAUAUGAAGUUGAAGUGGCAUUAGGUGUUAGAGAAUGGGGAACCUAUUCAUUACAAUAUAGUGACAUGCUUAAAGUAGAUCCCAUGCCUAUUGCCGAUGAUGCUCUAUAUGUACAGACUUUGGAUGGUGGUCGUGGUGGUGGUGGUGAAUUGAUAGAUUUCGAGGAUAUUAGAGAUAGAUCUGAUGAGGAAUGGUUACAAUCUCUGAGACCUUAUAACUCACGUGAAUUACCGGGUUCGGACAUACCAACAACAUCAUCAUCAGCAGCACAACCAGCAUGCAUUGAGAUUGGUAGAGAUGGUGUAGCAGGGGAAUAUGAUGAUGAGUUGGCCAUUAUUGGUCGAUGGUAG